GGGAAAAGAGAAAAGCUAGAGGAGAAGAGGCAAGGGGCCCAAAGUACCUUAAGGGAAAGGGGCGACUGAGGCAGGCCAUGUUGGGAGAAGGGAGAAGAGACAGCAAGGCCCAGACUGGCAUAGGAAGAAGAGAUGGGGGGGUCAACUACAACCCCCCCUUCAGCUGAUGGGAGAACAGAAGCCUAAAAGGACCUCAAAAGGGGGAGGGCAUGACUGGGUGUGAGUGGUGAGGACUCCUGUGUCCUCAUCUCUGGAAUAAAUUGACACCUGCAGAGAGCCACCCGCGGGCUGGCGCCUGGCUCUGAAAAGCCCGGCGUCAGCAAACAGUCCUGAAGGGGGGGUGCUAAGGGGGGGCUUACGGAAAUGACCUGGGUGUCUGCCCUGCCUACCUUUUUACUGGUCCUGCCCCUGCUGCCUGGGCACCCAGGCAUCCAAGCAGUAAUACUGGGGGCUGGCAAGGGGAAGGGGAAAGGGAAGGGGAGGAGGACUUCUGGGGUGAGAAGAUACCUGAGGUUUGCCUCAGGACGCAGGUCAAAAUGCUGUGCAAAGAAGACCUCAGACAGGGUCCAAGGCUCUUCCUGAUUAUGUGAGGGGGAACAUCAGUAGGCUUAUUUGAGAAGCCGACCUCUGUAAUGCUUCUGCCACCCCCUCCCCAUCUGCCAGAGACCUGGUCAGUAGGGUUAGGCUUUGAUGGGGCUAAGCAGGAUGGGGGGAGGGGGUAUGUCUCUUAGGAGUCUCUGUUCUCCUAGACUACCCUUCCCCUCUUAUAUACUUCUUCCUCUCUGAUAAGAUUGGGUGAAACUAGCGUUCUGACUCAUGUCUCUGUCCUCCCUCUCAUGGCCUGAGUGGACUCAGCAACCAAGCAAGCCCCUUCCCCUCUUCCUCUAGACCACCCCCCUCCAGGGUUAAAGCUGCAGCCCGUUGCCGAGGUAACAUUGCGGGGCAGCAUCCUGUCGCCCAGCAACCGGCUGCAGGAUCCUGCAUCUGUCCCUGGAUUUGCCCCUUCAGCAUCCCCUCCUCACUCUAACCCCUGGCUCUAGGCACCCCAACUUCUAAGGGAAGACAUGGAAGGGCCUGGGGAAGAAAAGGGUUCCCAAGUGCACAGAUCUUUAGGGAAUGGUAUGCUGAUGGGGACAGAAGGUACUGGGGUUUGUACAGUCCUGAGAAGGCCCAGAGUCUGGCCUGGAGUGGGGGUUCAGCGCCAUGAAAUUACAGCUCAGGAGUAAUUAACACGUAUAAACAAACCCGCCACUUCCUGCUAAUUAAUGACUUGGUAUUUUUAUUUUCUCUUCCUUGUCUAUCUCAUUCUCUCCCAGGGAAGUGGGGACUGGGACUCCUGAGUCCCUAGGGAGAGCCUGCCUGGGAGGGAUAGAGGCAGGAAAGGGGCACGUUGAGUCUAGGACCUUCCCUCCUCUGACCCUGCCCGGGACAUUUACCACAUCUGACGCCACCCCCAACCUAGGUCUCUGCGGAGGGAAGAGGGCUGCUGGGGAAAGGGGGUCGGGCCUCCCAGCAUCUUCUUCUACCUUCUUCCCCUUCCCCACCCCUUACCCCCUCCAUGGAGAGAAAUAGACUCCUCUUCUGUCCCUUCUAACCCAGGUCCCUACCCGUACCCCUCCUCCUUCCUUUCCCCGCCCCCUCCUCCCUCCUGGGGCGAGGGGGGCCUCCCUCCCUCUCCCCCCCUUCUCUCUCUCCGAGGGGGGGGUCAGGGGAGGGAGGGGGGGUCCCCCAAUCAGCAUGUGGCUCCUGGCGUUGUGUCUGGUGGGGCUGGCUGGGGCUCAACGGGGAGGAGGGGGUCCCGGCGGCGGCGCCCCGGGCGGCCCAGGCCUGGGCCUCGGCAGCCUCGGGGAGGAGCGCUUCCCGGUGGUGAACACAGCCUACGGGCGAGUGCGCGGUGUGCGGCGCGAGCUCAACAACGAGAUCCUGGGCCCGGUCGUGCAGUUCUUGGGCGUGCCCUACGCCACGCCGCCCUUGGGCGCCCGCCGCUUCCAGCCGCCUGAGGCACCUGCCUCGUGGCCCGGCGUGCGCAACGCCACCACCCUGCCGCCCGCCUGCCCGCAGAACCUGCACGGGGCCCUGCCGGCCAUCAUGCUGCCUGUGUGGUUCACCGACAACUUGGAGGCGGCCGCCACCUACGUGCAGAACCAGAGCGAGGACUGCCUGUACCUCAACCUCUACGUGCCCACUGAGGACGGUCCGCUCACAAAAAAACGUGACGAGGCGACGCUCAAUCCGCCAGACACAGAUAUCCGGGACUCUGGGAAGAAACCAGUCAUGCUGUUUCUACACGGCGGCUCCUACAUGGAGGGCACCGGGAACAUGUUCGACGGCUCAGUCCUGGCUGCCUAUGGCAAUGUCAUCGUAGCCACACUCAACUACCGUCUUGGGGUGCUCGGCUUUCUCAGCACUGGUGACCAGGCUGCAAAAGGCAACUACGGGCUCCUGGACCAGAUCCAGGCCCUGCGCUGGCUCAGUGAAAACAUUGCCCACUUUGGCGGUGACCCUGAACGCAUCACUAUCUUUGGGUCUGGUGCGGGGGCCUCCUGUGUCAACUUGCUGAUCCUCUCCCAUCAUUCAGAAGGGCUGUUCCAGAAGGCCAUUGCUCAGAGUGGCACUGCCAUUUCCAGCUGGUCUGUCAACUACCAGCCGCUCAAGUACACGCGGCUGCUGGCAGCCAAAGUGGGCUGUGACCGAGAGGACAGUACGGAAGCUGUGGAGUGUCUACGCCGGAAGUCUUCCCGGGAGCUAGUAGACCAGGAUGUGCAGCCUGCCCGCUACCACAUUGCCUUUGGGCCUGUGGUGGACGGCGAUGUAGUCCCUGAUGACCCUGAGAUCCUCAUGCAACAGGGAGAAUUCCUCAACUACGACAUGCUCAUUGGUGUCAACCAGGGAGAGGGUCUCAAGUUCGUGGAGGACUCUGCAGAGAGUGAGGACGGGGUGUCUGCCAGCGCCUUUGACUUCACUGUCUCCAACUUUGUGGACAACUUGUAUGGGUAUCCAGAGGGCAAGGAUGUGCUUCGAGAGACCAUCAAGUUCAUGUACACAGACUGGGCUGACCGGGACAAUGGCGAGAUGCGGCGUAAGACCCUGUUGGCACUCUUUACUGACCACCAAUGGGUAGCCCCAGCUGUGGCCACUGCCAAGCUACAUGCUGACUACCAGUCCCCUGUCUACUUUUACACUUUUUACCACCACUGCCAGGCUGAGGGCCGGCCAGAGUGGGCAGAUGCAGCGCAUGGGGAUGAGCUGCCCUACGUCUUUGGUGUGCCCAUGGUGGGUGCCACCGACCUCUUCCCCUGCAACUUCUCCAAGAAUGAUGUCAUGCUCAGCGCAGUAGUCAUGACCUACUGGACCAACUUCGCCAAGACUGGUGACCCCAACCAGCCUGUGCCACAGGACACCAAGUUCAUCCACACCAAGCCCAACCGCUUUGAAGAGGUGGUAUGGAGCAAGUUCAACAGCAAGGAAAAGCAGUACCUGCACAUAGGCUUGAAACCACGCGUGCGUGACAACUACCGUGCCAACAAGGUGGCCUUCUGGCUGGAGCUCGUGCCCCACCUGCACAACCUGCACACAGAGCUCUUCACCACCACCACUCGCCUGCCUCCCUACGCCACACGCUGGCCACCUCGCACACCGGGUCCUGGCACUUCCGGCACACGCCGUCCUCCCCCACCCGCCACUCUGCCACCUGAGUCUGAUAUUGACCUGGGCCCAAGGGCCUAUGACCGCUUCCCCGGUGACUCGAGGGACUACUCCACGGAGCUAAGCGUGACUGUAGCAGUGGGUGCCUCCCUCCUCUUCCUCAACAUCCUUGCCUUUGCCGCCCUCUACUACAAGCGGGACCGGCGCCAGGAGCUGCGGUGCAGGCGGCUUAGCCCACCAGGAGGCUCAGGCUCAGGUGUGCCUGGUGGGGGCCCCUUGCUUCCCACUGCUGGCCGCGAGCUACCCCCUGAGGAGGAGCUGGUAUCGCUGCAGCUGAAGCGGGGUGGUGGCGUUGGGGCGGACCCUGCUGAGGCCCUGCGCCCUGCCUGUCCACCCGACUAUACCCUGGCCUUGCGCCGGGCACCGGACGAUGUGCCUCUCUUGGCCCCGGGGGCCCUGACCCUGCUGCCCAGUGGCCUGGGGCCCCCGCCCCCACCCCCACCUCCUUCUCUCCACCCCUUUGGGCCCUUCCCACCACCACCCCCUACUGCUACCAGCCACAACAACACGCUACCCCAUCCCCACUCCACCACUCGGGUAUAGGGGGCGGCUUGGGGAGGUCUGCCUCCCUAACCCUCCCCAGCCCAGGCCACUCGAAGGCAGGGAGGAGGACUUGGCACCGGGCUUUACCCCUGUGGAUUUGUCAAAACUUCGUGGAGCAGUGUUAAGGUGGACAUGGGAUUCCUCACUGGGAAGCGAGUUUUUUCCCAUGCAGAGAGCCCCAUUAUCUCCUCUGGACCUGGGCCUUUGAACACCUAGGGGCAUUUUUUUGCCUUCCUUUGGGACACCAGUCUUCGGUGUGUGGAAAUGUGGAAGUCUUUUUGCCCAUGUGGAGACACGCUUUCCUCAUGGGGGGAGGGGUGGGGGUGUUUCCCAUGUGCAGGGUAAGGUUUGUUUGUUUGUUUUUUUGUUGUUGUUUUUGUUUUGAUUUGGGUUUUUUGCCGCCCUGGACAUGUUGGCCUCCUCAAAGAAUUUCUGCGGGGAUUUGUACCCCAUGCCUUCGCCUUCUCCCCGUUCAACCCCCUGGAGACCCUGGAAGUGAUGUGUGCACACAGGGUGACCCUUGGCCACCAGACUAUGCAGGGUGGUACCUGGGGAGCAGCAAGGAAAUCACAGGCCCCCUGGACCCCGCUCCCCACCCACCCCUGAAAAGCAUGUUUCUCCCCCAUGGCACAGUCAGGUGAAGCACGUUCUCCCUGGAAGCCCUCACCUUCCACAGACAACCCAGAUUUCCUACUAGAGGAAGGGGAGGAUCUCUGUGCAUCCCAGUACUGCCUGGAAACUUACCUUCCCAUGGUCCAGGACACAUCUCAUCGAAUGGAAACAUGUUCUUGCAUGUGGAUGUGUGUUUCCCAGGCAGAGGGUCCUGCGUUCCUCAGCACUUCCCUGCAUUCUCCCAGACCUCAGGUCCAGCACAUGCUUCCUCCUUGCAUAGCAGGUGGGAACCGACUUCAGACUGACAGAAGCCACGUGGGAAGUACAGACUUCGAGGGAGAUGCUGAGGUGGGAGGAUGGGGGGCAUGGCACAUGACACACAAAGAGGCCAUGCAUGUUUAACUUAACGCCCUCGUGGGGCCUGAGGACAGCCUUUUCCUCAGACCUUGAGAUCAUUGCUCAUCCGUGCCAAACUGGGUAGAUGGGUUGGGAGACUCUCAAAAUGUGCUAAGGACCCCCUAAGUUCUGGUCCAGGGAAGGGAAAUGCCAGGAGCAGGUGGCAGCUAAGGUGGUCCCCCGAAGCCCCCACGCUUGUGUCUCACCCCCGUGUCAUUUCUCCUUCUCUGCCUUGGUUCCUCUUUCUCCAUCACUGGCUCCUUCUUUGAUGCUCUCUCCCCAUCUCAGGGUCACACCAGCCUUCCCUCUUCCCCGGCUCUAACCUGUCUCCCCUCCCUGAUUGGCUGGGUUGAAGAAGAAAAGAAGCUGAGGAAGGGGGAGGGGAGGAGUCAGGGGAAAGGUUACACGAACAGGCUGGGGAGAUAAUGAGGUCAGCUGUACCAAGGAGCAGAUGGAGGGGCCGUGGGGGACAGGGCAGACACCAGCAGGAAGAUUUUGAAAGGAGAAGUGGGAGGCAACUGCCCAGAGGUCUGUGGAUUUGGACCUCUUGGGGAAAAGAAUGCUGUCAGGAAGCGUUUUAAGGGACACCAGGGCAGGUGUGGCUGAAUCUCCAUGUGUUGUUUGGCUUUCUGAGGGAUGUUAGUGCCAAACUUGUAUAGGGGUGGGGUGCUGUCUUCCACUGACACCCAGAUCCAGAAUCCUUGGUCUUGAGUCCCCUGUCCUUUCUCCAUCCCCCCCACCCACCAUGGAAAUGUAGUUCUUUUCUGGCCCUUUCCCCUGCCUGGUCUAGCAAUUCUUGGAACAGCCAUGCCUUCCAAAUGCUAUCAACCUGGGCCCUGAGCCCUGUAAGCAGAUGCCCCAGAGCUGGGGUGUGAGAGAGGGGCUGGGGGACCCCAUGAUACAGCCACGGACUCCAAUGCCCAGCCCUUUCCAAAUAACCCCAUGUCCCCACCCCAACCCUUUGCGGCUCUGUACACAUUUUUAAACCUGGCAAAAGAUGAAGAGAAUAUUGUAAAUAUAAAAGUUUAACUGUU